UGCGUUUUGCUACAUAAUUUUUUUUUCUCUUUAUUCUUUUACGCGGCUAAAUAAGUAAAAAAAGUUCAAAAAAUUUAAACGAACCGUCGCGUUGUUACAACUGCAAACUUAUCUUGCUCCUCCCUAUUUAAAGGCUCUGCCACCUCCGUGUGUAACUUCACACUCACUCAAUACCAAAAUCUCACUUUUCUUCUUCUCCACAAAAAACACACACUUUGCUCAGUUUAAACCCUCUAUAUAUUUUAAGAAGCUUUCUUUGUUGUUGUUUUUUUUUUUUUGUUAUUUUUGGUUCGAGCUCAAUCGAUGAUGAUUAGGGAAGUGUCUAAAAAGAAAGCUGGAGAUGUCCACAAAUGUCACGAUUUGAUCCCCGGUUUACCGUCCGAGUUAGCUAUUGAGUGUUUGAUCAGAGUUCCGUACCAAUUCCAACCCGCCAUGAAAUCCGUUUGCCGUUCUUGGCGAACCUUGAUCUCCUCCUCCGACUCUUCUUCCUUCAUCCAAGAGCGGCGUAGAUGCGGCAAAGCAGAGCUUCUUCUCUGCCUCGUUCAACCGCUCACACCGCCAAUUCCAGCGUCUAAACCGGUUGAGGAGACAUUAACCGUUGUGGUGAAGAACGAGGAUAAUAAAUCGCAGCCGCGCGUUUUCUGCACGCCGCGUUUUGGGUUAAGCGUUUACAACACCGCGAUGUCCACGUGGCACCGCGUCGCGUUUCCAAAUGAGGAGCAGGUUCCGCUUUUCUGCGAGUGCGUCGUGCUUCAGGACGCCGGGAAGGUUCUACUCAUCGGAGGUUGGGAUCCGGAGACGUUACAGCCAACGAGAGACGUUUACGUUCUCGAAUUCGCCGGAAGGAGGUGGAGACGAGGUGCGCCGAUGAACGAAUCGAGGUCGUUCUUCGCCUGCGCUUCCGUCGGAUCGACGAAAGUAUACGUCGCCGGAGGUCACGACGAUCAGAAAAACGCUUUACGCUCGGCGGAGGUGUACGACGUUGAGAAAGACGAGUGGUCUACGAUUCCUCCGAUGACGGAAGGAAGAGACGAAUGUCAAGGAUUCGCCAUUGGAUUAACGGAUCAAAGGUUUUGCGUAUUGAGCGGUUAUGGAACUGAAUCUCAAGGAAGAUUCCGAUCCGACGGAGAGAUUUACGAUCCAGCUACGAAUUCGUGGUCCAAAAUCGAAAACAUCUGGCGGUUUCCGGACACUAGCCCGAGAGGUCGCACCGCCGGAGACUUUAGAAGGCUAUGGUGCUUCACUGACGACACUGAGUUGUUGUUACAAUGGGAUGAUUUGAGAAAUGUUUCGAAACUGGAUCUUGAGACUAUACAGCUUCCGGUGAAGACGGGAAGUUCAGUUUUCGCCGGAAGAUUAGGGAGUGAAGCUUUGGUCAUGAUUGGUGGAAGAAAAGAGGGUGAAGAAGGUGAAGUGAUGAUGAAGAUGAAGAUGACGAAGGGGAAGAAGAUAGGAGAAUGGAGUGAUGUACAAAUAAUACCUUCAGCUUUCUCUACUCUUCCGUUUUCACAUGCUUCAAUCUAUGUUUGAAAUAUCUUAAAAAGGAUUUUAUAGUACAACAUUGGUGGUUUUGAUUCUAAUGUAAUUUACAAAACACCAACAACGAAAAAAGAAUUGUCGCU